AGUGCGCGAGUGUGUGUGUUGUGGAGUUGCUGCUCGAGCGGGAGGCGAGAUUUUCGGCUUCGGACGGCGGGGAAAUCCGUCCUCUCGCACGGUCUAUGGGAUGGAAGCGGGGCCAGCGACAGCCGCAGCAGUUGGCCCAUAUGUGCCACCUCUGCAGCAGGUGUUCCAAGCACCUCGACGACCAGGAAUAGGAACAAUCGGCAAGCCGAUUAAACUACUAGCCAACUACUUCGAAGUUGAUAUUCCGAAAAUUGAUGUUUACCAUUACGAGGUGGAUAUAAAGCCAGACAAGUGUCCGCGGAGAGUAAACAGGGAAGUGGUGGAGUACAUGGUUCAGCAUUUCAAACCUCAGAUCUUUGGAGACAGAAAGCCAGUCUAUGAUGGGAAAAAGAAUAUUUAUACAGCAACACUACUACCAAUUGGCCAGGAUCGGGUUGAUUUUGAGGUGACCAUUCCUGGUGAAGGAAAAGAUCGGAUUUUUAAGGUUUCCAUUAAAUGGCUGGCUGUAGUAAGUUGGAGACUGCUGCAUGAAGCCCUCGUCAGUGGUCGAAUCCAAGUUCCAUUAGACUCGGUUCAAGCAUUGGAUGUAGCAAUGAGGCAUCUGGCAUCAAUGAGGUAUACUCCUGUUGGUCGCUCGUUCUUUUCUCCACCCGAAGGUUACUAUCACCCACUGGGUGGAGGCAGAGAAGUCUGGUUUGGUUUCCAUCAAUCUGUCCGACCUGCCAUGUGGAAAAUGAUGUUGAACAUCGAUGUGUCUGCAACAGCUUUCUACAAAGCCCAGCCGGUGAUUGAGUUCAUGUGUGAAGUCCUAGACAUACGGAACAUUGAUGAGCAACCAAAACCUCUUACGGACUCCCAGAGAGUCCGUUUUACAAAAGAAAUUAAAGGUUUAAAAGUGGAGGUGACUCACUGUGGACAGAUGAAGAGGAAAUAUCGAGUGUGCAACGUUACACGACGGCCCGCCAGUCACCAAACGUUCCCACUACAGCUGGAGAGUGGACAGACGGUGGAGUGCACAGUGGCGCAGUACUUCAAACAGAAAUACAAUCUGCAGCUAAAAUACCCGCACCUACCCUGUCUCCAGGUGGGACAGGAGCAGAAGCACACUUACCUACCACUGGAGGUCUGCAACAUAGUACCAGGGCAGCGAUGUAUCAAAAAACUCACAGACAAUCAGACAUCAACAAUGAUCAAAGCAACAGCACGGUCAGCACCAGACAGGCAGGAAGAGAUUAGUAGAUUGAUGAAGAAUGCCAGCUACAACCUUGAUCCUUAUAUUCAGGAAUUUGGGAUAAAGGUGAAAGAUGACAUGACUGAAGUCACAGGCCGAGUCUUGCCAGCACCAAUUUUACAAUAUGGAGGCCGGAACCGAGCAAUUGCUACUCCAAAUCAGGGAGUGUGGGAUAUGCGUGGCAAACAAUUCUACAAUGGGAUUGAGAUCAAAGUCUGGGCCAUUGCCUGCUUUGCACCGCAGAAACAAUGUCGGGAGGAAGUGCUGAAGAGUUUUACUGACCAACUGCGGAAGAUAUCUAAGGAUGCGGGGAUGCCAAUCCAGGGACAACCAUGCUUUUGUAAAUAUGCGCAGGGAGCUGACAGUGUGGAACCGAUGUUCAGGCAUCUAAAGAAUACCUAUUCGGGACUCCAGCUUGUUAUUGUCAUUCUACCUGGGAAAACACCUGUCUAUGCUGAGGUGAAGCGAGUAGGUGAUACUCUUCUUGGGAUGGCCACUCAAUGUGUUCAGGUGAAAAAUGUUGUGAGAACUUCUCCUCAGACACUUUCAAACCUCUGCCUGAAAAUCAAUGUGAAAUUGGGUGGAAUCAACAACAUUCUAGUGCCUCAUCAACGUUCAGCUGUGUUCCAGCAGCCUGUGAUCUUCUUGGGAGCUGAUGUCACACAUCCACCAGCUGGAGAUGGCAAGAAGCCCUCAAUAACAGCAGUGGUUGGCAGCAUGGAUGCUCAUCCAAGUCGAUACUGUGCCACAGUCCGUGUGCAGCGACCCCGUCAGGAGAUAAUUGAAGACCUUUCCUACAUGGUUCGAGAACUCCUGAUCCAGUUUUACAAAUCAACCCGUUUCAAGCCAACAAGGAUUAUUUUCUAUAGAGAUGGUGUCCCUGAAGGACAAUUACCACAGAUUUUACACUAUGAGCUCCUGGCUAUUCGUGAUGCAUGUAUCAAACUGGAAAAAGAUUAUCAACCUGGAAUUACCUACAUAGUUGUGCAGAAACGACAUCAUACACGACUCUUCUGUGCAGAUAAAAGUGAGAGAAUUGGUAAAAGUGGGAACAUACCAGCAGGAACAACAGUUGAUACCAACAUCACCCACCCAUUUGAGUUUGAUUUCUACUUGUGCAGCCAUGCUGGGAUUCAGGGCACCAGCAGACCUUCACAUUAUUAUGUAUUGUGGGAUGACAAUCGAUUCACAGCAGAUGAGCUUCAGAUCCUGACCUAUCAGUUGUGUCACACAUAUGUGCGCUGCACUCGCUCAGUCUCCAUUCCGGCACCAGCUUAUUAUGCCAGAUUGGUAGCAUUCAGGGCAAGGUACCACCUGGUGGACAAAGAACAUGACAGUGGAGAAGGCAGUCAUAUCUCUGGACAGAGUAACGGACGGGAUCCCCAGGCACUGGCUAAAGCUGUACAAGUUCACCAGGACACCUUACGCACAAUGUACUUCGCUUAACCCUGUGAUUGUUUAGUCACUUCAACUUGCCAGCCUUCUGGACUAUAAGCAGCCAUGCAAGAACAUAUAAGCACCUUCCACAGAAAACGUCUUAGAGGUUGGAAGGGGUCAACAUGUAUUUUACAAGGAACAAUUUUCAAAGAACUAAUAACUAGUGGAGAAAGAUUGACCAAGCAGAUUAUAGGAAAGAUGUCAAACUCUUCUACAUGACAAAAACACAUUUCACAUUUAUGUUUUAUUUUUUACACGUAUUUAUGCAAUAUAUUGAUAACUUAAUGUCAAGUGCAAAUGUUCACCACUGCCAAACUCCUGUUAGUUUUUAGAGACAUGUGGAUUCAAGAAAAUGCUUGGUAAGCAACUACUUCAACGGAAUCGUUCAAGGGUUUAAAAAAAACCUAUAGGUCCAAAAGCUGAACUUUUCAAUUUAGUGCCUGGAUUAGUAAUUAUUUGAAUCUGUAAGUCUGAUGGACGGCAGAAUAUUUUUCAUACAUUUUCUGAAGUUGGCACCAAACAUAUCACUUUCAACCUGUUUUUGUUCUUUGUGAUGUCUCUUUUUUUUAAUUGUGCUUUCAAGUUUCAUCCUAACAAGUGCAGAAAGUUGUGUAUUUACACAAUCUAAAGGAAUCUUAAUGUUAUACGGUCACUUUCUAAAGUCUGGACUUUAGAAAGUUAUUAUGAAUAUAUGAGUAAGUCCUGAGGCAGAGCAAAUGGAAACCUGUAAAUUAUUUUUUUAAAAUAUCACAUUAAGAAUCUUAAGAAGUUGUGACGGCUGCACUUCACUUUUACUGAUAUUGUGAGCCACUCCUGCACAGCCCCCUUUAUACACGAGGGGGUGAAUAUGGCAGCAAUGAAACACGUAGAUUUAUAGAUUGAGUUUUAGCAGACAGCUAAAUGAAUAAAGCAGAGCCUGGGGUCGUUUUAAGAAUUGCUGUUCUCUGAAUGAUCUUUAGUUACUUAGCAGAAGGAUUGCACGCUAACUGAACUCGCACAGUAGUUCUCUUCGGAAGCUGCUAAUCAUUUGGAAGUAUUUGUGGAUGAACAAGAAGCAUAGCUUAAAUCUUUUUAAAGGGCAUUUACUUCUAAGAUUUUAAAUCUGUUUUUUUUCUAUAAGUGAACCUGUACAAAGGUUGAAGUUUGUUUUAAAUAUUUUAAUCCUUAUUUGUAAUCUUCUUGCUCCCAAUUACAUACCCAUUAUGUUUUUAUUUAAAGAGAAAAGGAUGGUAUUAUGUUCAAGAUGAGAGAGAUUUCACUGCUGGCAAACUGGAGAUUUUGCAACCCACUAUCCACAUAAAACGUGUUGAGUGGCAUCACCUGAUUAAUGUUUCCUGCAUUGUUCCCUGAUGGUGUGAAUGCUUAUAGUCUUGGAGGAGUUCCCUUCUUCUGCAGGUAUUAUAUUUUAAUUUAUUGGACCAACCAUCCUGUGAAACCACUAAGUAGAACUUUGAGCAGCUUUGCCAUACGAUUCAUAUGUACAACACUAAAUUGAGACAAGUACAAACUUAAUGAAGGUAACUACCAGCUGGACAAAUGAUCCUAGAAGGACAAGUGUAAUGUUCUAAUCCAUAUCCCAGUGCUAUAUUUACAGACUUUAAUAUAACAAGCAAAUUCUCCCAAAAUACUCGCUCCAAUAUUCAUAAUGGGGUUCAGUUUUAUAUUCACCAUUUGCACAGGAUGAAAAAGACUGAAAAUGAGGCACAAUCCAGCCUGAAAAUUUGUAUAUAACACUAACAUUAAUAGAGCACUACAAAUUGACAGAGUAAAUACUUCUGUCAUUAAAAAGGUAAUACAAAUAUGAUUAUCAAGAGAAAACCAUGAAAGCAUUUCACAACCCUGAAUUUUACUUAUGAAUCCUUUGACUUCAUCCCCACCCCCUUCAAUUUUCAUCCUUAAGGAGCUGACUUGUUGGAAUGUGCUGUGUAGAUGUUCCCUGCUGGUUGAUAUCUCAUGCAUAAUGCCUUUGUUUAUGUCUGAAUGAAGAAAGUGAAUAAUUGAGAAGCCAUUCAAAUAUCAGGGUCAUGAUUGCUCACUCCCAUUCUUACUCAGUAUGACCAAACUUGCUUUGCAGCAGCAAAGGUUGCUUUGUAGCAACUGAAACCCUGAUUGAUGUGCCCUAUUCUGGAUAAAGUCAUUUUAACCCUGCCACCCUUAGCUGCUGUCUGUCUGGAAUUCAGUACUUGACACAAUCUUAAAAAUCAAAUAGAGGAUCGCAUAGUGUGCAUGGCUCAGUUACACACUGCCUUUGCCAGCUGCUGUCAAGGGAACUUUUGCAUCAUUUUUCUGAACAACCACUUAUUUUUAUGGUGUCAUAGCGAAGUACCUCAAGUAACUUCAGGAGCAUUAUCAAACGAAAUAUGUCAUCAAGCCACAUACAUAACAAGUAUGUUUGAGGUGUGAUUUAGAGGAAAGAGGGGUAGGUGGGUUUAGAGCAGGAGUUUUAAAGUCCUGCACCCUAGCAAUUGAAGACAUUUGUCAAAUGUUCAACAAUUAUAUUUGGGGAAGAUCAAAAGACCUGAAUUGAAGGAGUGCAGAUAUUUUAUAGGGUUCUAGGGCUGGAGGAGAUUAGAGAGAGACCAGCACAAAAUAUAGAAGGUUUAAGAGCCUUUUUGAAACAACUACCCCAAAUCCAAUUGAAAUAGGUGCAAGAUUAAAUCUGGCAUCUGCAAGAGGAAGAUCAUUACCUCAACUUACUCUUUUUCUGUCUUUUAUAGCUGGCAAUAACAGAGCUUAAUGUUAGUGACAUCUCCAUUAGGUAUUUGGCAUGCAGUGCACAUACAGUUGGGAAAUCUUUAUAAAUUGACUUAUCUUCAUGUGAAGUAAUAGAAGAUCUAUUACUUCACACUAGAUUGGGAUAUACUGGGAUUUAACCUUCAAGAAAAGUUACAGAAAGACUCAUAAUGGAGAGCCUGAAAUUCAGUUAUGUUCAAUGUGCAAUACAUUGCCUCUUGGAGUUCACCUGACUUUAGCUUGGACAUUUAGGAAGGGUUACUGUUGUUUAUCCCACAUAUAUAUUGGGGUACUUGCAGAAGCUUGGAAGCUGAACACUAUUUGCCUUUACAGUUAAGAAAUUAUGUGUAACAAGAAAAGCACAAAUAACUUCAAAUAUACACAACUUUCAUUCUCCCUGCUGCCUUAAAUAGCGAAAUUCUAACAAGAAAGGACUUAGUUUACAGAGGUUGAUUAACUGCAUAUCUUUAUUCUUGGCCAAUGCAGAUAAUGAAGGUCUAUGUGAAAAUUAUAUGGGGCUAUCCCAAUGUUUUCAGUAAAUUGCUGCAUAUCAAAUUCAACCAAUGAUAUUUGUUGAGUUAGUCAAUUUUAACUAGUUAUGUCAUUAUCUUUGUAUUAGGGACCUGCUUCAGGUCACUAUCCAUCAAUCCUUGCUAAGAAAGCAGGGGUAUGGGCAGCAGGAUCAGGAUUGGUCAUGGUUCCUUUCAUUGUCCAACUGCUGAAAAGAUGGAUUUGGAAUUGUGGAACUGGAAUUGAAGUUGGUGCCUUUAAGGGGAAAGUUCAAAGCUGGAAAAAGAGAGAAGGGUACUUGUUUGAGCAGAAAUUAAAAGGAGCUUGAAACAUUCAUAUUUCAUCAGCAUCAGUUAAGAGGGUAUGAGAUGAUCAGUAUAUCAUCCCCAAACCUCAGUAAGCUUUCAUAACUCAUCAAUUCAAUCAUCUGGCUUUACUUCAUGAAGUAGAGACCGAGCCCAAAGCCAUGUCUGUGGAUAUUCCUAUUGAAAUAAAAUGUUCCCAGCUAAGGUAUUGCCUUGGUGCUGGGAGUUAUGCUCAAGAAUUUACUGAGGCAGAGUAGUUUAUUUUCUUAC